UUAAGGGACGUAAGCUCUAUAGCAACGAUAAACCAAACAAUAUUAACUAGGUGCUUGCUGUCAGAAAAAUUUGAUGGAAAACCGUUAAUAAAUAAUUUUUGUAACAAAAAUUUAGAAAAAAAAGGGAAAAUAUAUUUUGUUAAGUUAAAAUUAAUUACUUUAUUUGAAUGGAAGCAACGUUACCGGACGAGUCUAUUGAUAUUAUCGGCAAAUCGCAGGGAAGCAAAUUUUUCGACGAUGUCAUUGGCCACAUCGAAGACAUUGUGCUUGGCGAAGCUUUCCAGGAACUUCACAAUAAUUUUCUCGAGAAAUAUUGGAAUCGCAUGGAAAAUACCGAAGAAAAUAAACUAGAGUACAUGGAUAUAUUUCAAGAGUACGCAAAUACCUUUGAGACUUUCUUUGUUGAUGAAUUAUGUGCUCGCAUGGCUGAUUUUAAUAUAAGCCGUUUUGCAGAGGAACUUGAGAAAAACAAGGUCUUUGAUGAUAUUUUAAGCAACGGCGAAAUAUUUGAACUUUUACAUUCAUUCAGCAGUUUUGAGACAUUCAAAGAACUCAUGUUGGACUAUCGCAACAAGAAAGAGGGCCAUAUGGAACACCUCGAUUUCAAUAUUCUUGUUACAACUCCCUAUUCAGUUGCAGAAUCAACAAAACAAAUCGGUGCAAUGGACGACGAAGGCAGUACUCUUCCCUAAGUUUUAUUUUCGUACGCAAUAUAUAUAUUUAUCUGUAUAUAUGUACAACCAUUUCCAUUUCCUUAAAUACAAAAACAUGUGUAUUGUGUCUGCUAUAUUACCAAAAAA